GUCUGGCCAUUCCGUUCUCUCUUCUGCUUUGUUUGCCUUCGAAGGAAGCAAUUCCGUAUCUGCUCCGACCGUUAUUCUCACAAGAAAAUGGCAUCUCACAUUGUUGGGUAUCCCCGGAUGGGCCCCAAAAGAGAGCUGAAAUUUGCUCUGGAAUCCUUCUGGGAUGGCAAAAGCAGUGCUGAGGAUUUGGAAAAGGUUGCUGCUGACCUCAGGGCAUCCAUUUGGAAGCAGAUGUCCGGCGCCGGUAUCAAGUACAUUCCCAGCAACACAUUCUCAUACUACGAUCAGGUGCUUGAUACAGCUGCAAUGCUUGGUGCUGUUCCCCCGAGAUAUGAUUGGACUGGUGGUGAGAUUGGUUUUUCCACGUACUUUUCCAUGGCUAGAGGAAAUGCUUCUGUUCCUGCCAUGGAAAUGACCAAGUGGUUUGACACCAACUACCACUUCAUCGUCCCAGAAUUGGGACCUGAUGUUAGAUUUUCAUAUUCAUCCCACAAAGCAGUUAAUGAAUACAAAGAGGCUAAAGCGCUUGGCAUUGAUACCGUUCCAGUGCUUGUUGGCCCCGUUACAUUUUUGUUGCUAUCGAAACCUGCCAAGGGUGUUGAGAAAACUUUUCCCCUUCUCUCUCUCCUUGACAAGAUUCUUCCAAUCUACAAGGAAGUUAUUGCUGACCUUAAGGCAGCUGGUGCCUCAUGGAUCCAGUUUGACGAGCCCUCGCUGGUUUUGGAUCUCGAGUCUUACCAGUUGGAAGCAUUCACCAAGGCUUAUGCAAGCCUGGAAUCAUCUGUUUCCGGCCUUAAUGUCCUAAUCGAGACUUACUUUGCUGAUGUACCAGCAGGUGCAUACAAAACACUCACCUCGCUGAGUGGAGUUUCUGGUUUUGGUUUUGAUUUGGUUCGUGGAACCAAGACCGUCGAUUUAAUCAAGGGUGGAUUCCCUUCUGGGAAAUACCUCUUCGCUGGACUUGUCGACGGAAGGAACAUUUGGGCAAAUGAUCUUGACGCAUCUCUUGCUACACUGAAGUCUCUCGAAGGCAUCGUUGGAAAGGACAAGCUUGUCGUGUCUACCUCAUGCUCGCUUCUCCACACUGCUGUUGAUCUGGUUAACGAGCCUAAGCUGGACCAAGAAAUCAAAUCCUGGCUUGCAUUUGCAGCACAAAAGGUCGUCGAAGUAAAUGCUCUCGCAAAAGCAUUGAGUGGACAGAAGGAUGAGGCAUUCUUCUCUGCCAAUGCUGCCGCUCAGGCUUCUAGGAGAUCGUCGCCGAGAGUAACUAACGAAGCUGUUCAAAAGGCUGCUUCCGCUUUGAAGGGCUCGGAUCAUCGCCGGGCUACGAAUGUUAGUGCUAGGCUUGAUGCCCAACAAAAGAAGCUUAACCUUCCCAUCCUCCCUACCACCACCAUUGGCUCUUUCCCGCAGACCAUAGAACUCAGACGAGUGCGCCGCGAAUACAAGGCCAACAAGAUCUCCGAGGAGGAGUACAUCAAAUCCAUCAAAGAGGAGAUCAACAAAGUCGUCAAGCUUCAGGAAGAUCUCGACAUCGAUGUUCUUGUUCAUGGAGAGCCCGAGAGAAACGACAUGGUGGAGUACUUUGGAGAGCAAUUGUCCGGUUUCGCCUUCACCUCGAACGGAUGGGUGCAGUCCUAUGGAUCCCGUUGUGUGAAGCCGCCAAUCAUUUACGGCGAUGUGAGCCGCCCCAAGCCAAUGACUGUCUUCUGGUCCACUGCGGCCCAGAGCAUGACCAAGCGCCCCAUGAAAGGAAUGCUCACCGGCCCCGUCACUAUUCUCAACUGGUCUUUCGUGCGCAACGACCAGCCUAGAUUUGAAACCUGCUACCAGAUCGCAUUGGCCAUUAAGGAUGAGGUCGAGGACCUGGAAAAGGCGGGCAUCACUGUGAUCCAAAUCGACGAGGCUGCUCUGCGUGAAGGACUGCCUCUGAGGAAAGCCGAGCACGCGUUCUACCUGGACUGGGCUGUCCACUCCUUCAGAAUCACCAACUGCGGCGUGCAAGACAGCACUCAGAUCCACACGCACAUGUGCUACUCGAACUUCAACGACAUAAUCCAGUCGAUCAUCAACAUGGACGCGGACGUGAUCACGAUCGAGAACUCGCGGUCGGACGAGAAGCUGCUGUCGGUGUUCCGGGAGGGGGUGAAGUACGGGGCGGGGAUCGGGCCGGGGGUGUACGACAUCCACUCGCCGCGGAUCCCGUCGACGGAGGAGAUUGCGGAGAGGAUCAACAAGAUGUUGGCGGUGCUGGAGUGGAACGUGGUGUGGGUGAACCCGGACUGCGGCCUCAAGACCCGCAAGUACGCCGAGGUCAACCCCGCCCUCCAGAACAUGGUCGCUGCCGCCAAGCACAUCAGGACCAAGCUCGCCAGCGCCAAGUGAAGUGAAUGAUCGACUUAGUGAAGUAAGUCACAACUCUCUCUCUCUCUCUCUCUGUGCUCUCCAUCUAUCUAUCUAUAUCAUAUAUCUAUAAUAUAUAUAUAUAUAUGUAUGUGGUUUUUUUUUUUUUUUUUUAUGAUUGAAAUUAUAGUAAAAUAAUUUGGGGAAUGGGUGGGGAGCCAAUUUCAUUUCAUACCCAAGUUAUGGAGGAUUCAUGUGUGUUUUCAUUCUGUUUUUGUCCCUCCCCUCCCCUCCUUCCCUCGCUCUACUUUAUUACUAUUAUUUAGAUAUAAGCUGAAAUAAGAAAAAAAUUACUUCUAACAUAUAAUGACGCAUAUAAUAGAAAAAAAAAGAUUGUAGCAUAUAAAUUAUGUAAAUACAAUUAGAGCUGUUAAACAA